CAGCUCCACUUAUUAUUGAACGACUAUGACCACUCUCACUCCGGGGCAACGAGCUCGAAUAAAGGACGCAACUUAUAGACUGCUGCAGCCUUGUACGGUGUUUCUGCAGCAGCUUGUCCGGAUCGAUACCACCAAUCCACCAGGUUGGAACUACCCCGAGUGUGCACGUCUCAUUGGCGAUACUCUCUCCAGCUUGGGCUACGAUGUCGAUUACUAUGAAGUACCUGAAUGCGAUCUCCCGAGGCUGGCACCCCACGGGAAGGGGUUGCCCAGAGUGAAUGUUAUUGGCCGGCACGAGUUCGCCGCCGGUCAGGGCAAGGUGCUUCACUUCAAUGGACACUACGAUGUCGUGCCAUGUUCAGAACCCGCAGCAUGGGCUUCGCAACCUUUUGAGGCCGCAAUUCGUAGAUCAGCGGAUGGGAAGGAGGAGAUUGUGGGAAGAGGUGUGAGCGAUAUGAAAGGUGGAAUUGCUGCGCAAGUGUUCGCUAUCGAGGCAUUGAAGCUUGCGGGACUACGGUUGAAGGGCACGGUCGAACAUUCAGGAGUUGUGGAUGAAGAGACCACUGGGAUCAACAACGCCGGUAUGGGCUAUCUUGUUGAUAUCGGCGUGAUCUCCCCAAAGAAACAAUCGGCAAUUGUCAUCACUGAGCCUCUGAACACUACGAAUGUCUGCUUGGGCCAUCGCGGUGCUAUCUGGGGACGCAUCAUCUUCAAGGGCGUGGAAACUCAUGGAAGCACCCCUCAGCGAGGCAAGAACGCCCUCGCAAUGGCAGCGAGAUACAUUGUUGCAGCGGAGGAGGAGAUUGGGGCAAGCCUCAAGAACAAGGUCGAUACGCGAGUGGUGCCGCCAGAAGCACAGACAGCAUCUUUGACAUUCACGAUAUUUAACUCUGGACAUGCUACGAAUCUCGUACCUGCUGUGGCUACAUUGACCUUCGAUCGUCGAUUAGUGCCUGGAGAAACCUUGGACUUGGCAAGAGGAGAGAUGCAGUCGCUUCUACGAAAGCUUUUCCACGAUGACGAAUGGAUCUACGAGGAAACAUACUCGACAGAGCCAGUCUGGGUGGGAGAAGAGGAGGAGAUUGUGCAGGUGUGGAAGCGGGCCGUGCAUGACGCCUGUAAUGUUACGGCUGGCAUCGUCUGUUCGCCGGGGAGUGAUGAUCAGCGUUUCGUUGUCCACGAUGCGAGGUUGAAUUCAUGCAUUGUGUACGGGCCGGGCAACAUUCGAAAUGUCCAUAAUUUGAAUGAGAGUCUACCGUUAGAAGACCUGCGAACUGGAAUGGAGGUCAUGGCACUGGGCGCUGCGAUGUAUCUGGGCUUUGAGGACAUACAAAUACAACUCUGACACUCCAUAGAUUUAGAUGUGCAUGUAGCCGUAGCGGUUCGUAGACGUUGGUAUUGUAUUCAACGUAGUC